CCUGGAUGUCCAGAUGGAUUUGAAUAUCUCCAGAGAAGGAGAUUCCACAACCUCUCAGGACAGCGUGUUCCAGUGCUCCAUCACUCUGACAGUAACAAGGUUCCUCCUCGCACUACCCUGCUACCUGACAUAGAAGAAACCGAGCAAAGCCAAAGCUUUGAAGGAAAUGGUGUCUGUUUGUCUCUCUUUGGAGAGCUCAGGAGGUUAAUCGGCUGGUGGGGUCAUGAGUUCAAAACACGAUUCCUCAUGGAAAACAAAUUACAACUAAGUAAAGGAGUUAAUGGAUUUCGGUUAUCAAAUCCUCCAAUUUUACUAGUCUGUUCUCUCCAAGCUGGUUUAGAGGUUUUUGGUCAAACUACAAUGAAAGCAUUGAGAAGAAAAUCUAUUCUGCUUACUGGUUACUUGGAAUACCUGAUAAAUCAUCACUACAGUGAGGAUAAAGCAAAUCCUGAGAAGCCCUUUGUAAAAAUCAUCACACCACCUCGGAUUGAAGAGAGAGGAUGCCAACUCACAUUAACUUUUUCUCUCCCAAUAAAAUCUGUGUUUGAGGAGCUGGAAAAGAGAGGAGUAGCUUGUGACAUGCGAGAACCAAAUGCUCUUCGUGUUGCCCCAGUUCCUCUCUACAAUUCUUUCCAGGAUGUGCACAGAUUUAUUGAAAUCUUGGGAUCUGCAAUUACUUCUUCAAAACAAACAGCAAACAAUACUGCACUAUCUGGUUCUUAUUGAUGGCUCUGCCAUAUCUUUUAAUCUACUUCUGAAUAAGAUGCAUUUAUCCCACUAAGCGAUUCCUUGCUUUGAGUAAGCGAAGCUAUAUCCCAUGCAAUUUGCAAAAAAAAAUGACUGUGCUUGAAUAGUUAUUUACAACAGACCUAAUAUUAUUAAAGCUCAUAUUUCCACUUUGCUUUGA